UUAACAAAUUUGUUAUUUAAUAUUCUUUAAAAAAAAUUAAAUAAUUUUAUACAAUAAUCCAAAAAGUAUUUCUCACUUUCUCUAUUCUCAAUUUUUUUAUCUACUAAAAUGUAUAUUUAUGUUAAUAAUGUAAUCUCGCAUAGAGCUGUAUUUUGUAAUUUCCUAUGAUAAAAACUCGCUAUUAAUUGUUAUCUGAAUAUGAAAUAUAUUUUAAAUUACAAUAUUUCUAAAAUGGAUCAGAAAAUUAAUUAAAUUUCAAUUAAUAUUUAUAGGAAAGAGUUUAGGACCUUUUCAAAUUACAAUCACAAUCAAUAAAUUGAAUAAUUAAGUAUCGAUACGACGUAUCACAUAAAUAUAUUUCCUUUUCACUGCGGAACGUACUUCAAUCCAUUAUUCCUUUACGAUCGAUCGUUUUUGACAACAGCAGUCGACGAAACCUAGAAAACGUACUGCCGACAGGAAUUAAGACCGACGAUUGCCUGGAAGAGAUGAGGACGGGCCAAGCUGAAGCCGGGAGAUGUGGGAUCAGUUACCGGAGCUGAUAUUGACGCAGAUAUUCGGCUAUCUCAACCGCGCCGAUCGUGCCAGUGUCGGUCAAGUCUGUCAGUCAUGGAAUCAUGCGUUGUCCUCGCCUGUACUCUGGCGAUCCGUCACGAUUUUCAUCGAUCGUGAUCUACGCGGUGUCUUUCCUCUAGCAGAAGAAUUGGCUGCGAAGUAUGGACAACAUAUGCGCAGCCUGGAGCUCGCUUUCUCGCGACCAUACAUCUUGCCAAGACAGAUGAGAAUUGGACACAAUACUCAAGCCGAAGCCGGUGCCGAGUUUCUGUGGAUUGUACGCGCUAAGAAUGUGCAGCUACGACAGCUGACAUUGACAAACUGGGUCUUUGGCUAUAAAUGGGGCAAUAGAGGAAUGUUGCUUUGUGCCCUGGCGAAUUUUCUGCGUUGUCAACACAAUCUCGAGAGCCUGAACUUAUUGAACGCCGAUUUUGGCGUAACUGACGUCUUGCUACUGCUGAAAAAAGUUGUUAAAGGAUGCGGCGAACAUUUGGUCUCCUUGGAUCUUCGCGGUGCUUUCAGAGAGUGGCAAGCUCCUCACAACAACCCGAGAUAUUUGCGCUUGCUGGGUCGUUUCCAUGCGCUAACCCUCUUGAAAUUAGACUAUCCAGCAUUAUCGAAUCACACCCUUAAUGCUCUUGCGACAUCGAAAACGUUGAAAAGUUUAUAUAUAUCCGUAAGAGAUUCAGACUCGAGACAGCACGUAGUAGCGGAUGCUGCUUGGCACAAUUUGGUGCUAGCUUGUCCCGAUUUAAAAGUGUCCUAUACUAUAGUGAACAUUUCGCAUUAUGAGGAUAUGCAUUACUUGCUAUUACCUAGCAUCCCUCUAGCUGAAUUCCAUAUAUUCAGCGGACACGUAUGGGACCAAAGCAGAUCUCGAAACUUCAGAAGUACGAUAGGUCUACUAAUUGCUCAAUACACAAACACAUUAGUCGAGGUCAUGUUACAACUUAGAAACAAUCGUGAAUCAUUGGACGAUUUAUUGGUGUCCAUGUUGAUACGCUGCAAACGCUUGACGAGAUUGCAGUACGAUGGAAUUAUAAGGAGCCUCGAGACCUUACGCGACAUAUGUCAGCUUCAAGCUGAGUGUAAAACUCAAUUUAAGACGAUACAUGUGAAACCUCGGAACAUUAAUAUUCAAAAUCGUGCCGUUUUGAAUGAUAUUAAUUAUCAGUACGAUCGCAAAAUGCACGAGCAAGGAGUUGACUUCCGAGUCGAAGAUCCCACUUCGAUUCUAUUCUUCUAUUGAUGAUUUGUUUGGCUUCCAUAUAAAUAUCUUCUUUGAAUUUUUUAAAUCCGAUGUUUCAAAGAACAUUAUACAUUUUUCAUGACAUCAUAACAAGUGCCUUUUUUUAUUAAACAACGUAAUGAGUUUUAAA